AUUCUCUGCAUACUCUUUGGACAUGUUGUGUUUGAUGGUGGUUAGGUUAUGUGUGAUGAAGACAUGGUGUUUUUGUUAUUGUGAUGCUAUCCAUGUGUUUGAGUAUUUAAAAUAAAUACGUUGAAACAUGUAUCAACCUCUCGUAGAAUUGGGAGACUUGAAAUCUGUCCUGAGAAGUGUGCUGGUGUCAUCAAGGAGUAAAUUGACACCAAAGGAGCUCCAAAAUGAUUUCCGAAGAGUAGAGGGCAAAUUUGUUCCAUAUAGAAAGUUUGGAUAUGCCACUUUUGAAGACUUCUUACAGUCAAUCUCAGACGUUUGUUCAAUUGAAUACAAAAGUGACGGUUCUGUAUAUGUGGUACCUGUUUUGACAGAUUCUUUGAAGUACAUUGCAGACCUUGUGAGCAAACAGAAAGUGCCAAGUCUUAAGCUUAAACAUAAAAGAUCAAGAUCAAAGCACAUGGAUAACAAAUUUAUACCAGCACACUUGCAACACAGUCUUGAAAGUUUUGUCAAAAGUCACCCCAAGGGGGCUCCUGUAGAGGCUCUUGAGAGAGAGGUAUUGUCAAAAUUCCCUCACAUAAUGCGAGGAUUCGAUGAUACAGAAGAAUUCCUGGAGUGUGCCACCCACAUAUUGAGAUUUGAUGGAAGAUAUGUGUUUCCAUUAGUAUUAACCUCAGAAAGCAAUUACCAUUCAGUCAGUGGAAAUGGAAAGGACAAAGGAAAUGACUGUCAAAUGCUACCUUCUACCAUUGUUUGCAACAUUAAGCGCCUGAUGAAAGCAAACCCAAAUGGCAUUUUAGCGUCAGAGUUUUCAUCAGCUUAUGGGGAAAUGUUUCAUAGUGUCUUCAAUAUUACAAAGUACGGGUACAUUAACAUACUAUCAGUAGUGUCUGCAUAUCCUGAUAUGCUCCACUGUUUUCGAGUGACUGAUGAAGAUUUUAUUAUUAUUGAAGCUCCAGAAGGACUGGAAGAAAAAGAUGAUGAUAUUGAUGUUCCAGAGGUACAAACAGUGAAGGAUAUGUUGAUCUGGUUGAUAAGCAACUUUCCAGAUGGCCUGAGCAGUAGUGAAGUUGAACAAGCAUUUGAGGUGCACUUUUUGAGAAGGCUUGAACCAACAGUGUUAGGAUAUAACAGUUUGGAGGAUCUACUGCAUCAUUUGGAAAGUGAAUCUUUGGUGACUCUGAGUACUGUGAAAAAUGAUAUGUGGGUGUACCCUGUAACUACUUUUAGCAGCUGUAACUCAUCUCUCCUAGACAUAACACAGGAAGAGGGUGCUGAGGAUGACCUGGACACCAUACUCACAGCCUAUUACCCUCCAGGUGCUCUCUUGGCUCAUGAAGAAGUUCCAUGCCAGAAGCUUCCCAACGCAAUGCCUGGUUUUACAUUUCAAGUUGUUGUUUCUGAUGCUUUGUCACCAAGCAAAUUUUGGGUUGUUCUCAACUAUGACAGCAACUGUGCUGCCUUUGAUUGUCUUGUUGAUGCAAUGCAGUCAUUCUAUAGUCUCCACAGUGAAAACUACAAGAUGACUGAGCCUACAAUUUGUGUGGGACAUUAUUGCGUGUGCCCAUAUAGGGGCCAGUGGCAUCGGGCUCGAAUAAGUAACAUCACAAAUGUAUCGGAAGUGCAAGUGCAGUUGAUUGACAUUGGUGCAAUAAGCAAGAAGAAGAAAGAACAUCUUCGAUAUCUUGCAAGAGAUUUUGCAGACCUGCCAUCACAAGCAAUGUGUUGUCGCUUGGCAGGCACAGCAGCAACUGUGCGGACAGUGUGGCCUUGUGAAAUUAGACAGCUCUUCGUGGAAGCAGUGAUUGGUAGAGCAUUCACUGCCACACUGAUUAGUAUUAGCCACCAGAGUGGGAUCCUAUCUGUGGAUCUUUUUGAAGAUACAGAUGAUGACUGUAGUGAAAGGGUUGCUGACUGGCUAUCAAGACUGCAGGAGGAGGAAGCAGAAUCGGAGAUCGAAAAGAGAGUCAUUUUGACUGCUAAGCCAUCGCUGCAGGAACAGCUUCAAAAAUUCACCUGUAUUUAGAGUUUAAAGAAGUUCUUGCUUAGUAAACGUUCUGGAGUACUGAUUUAAAUAAUGCAGUUAAAAGUAUAUAUUGUGAUUCAAUUGUGAAAAUAUGUAUAGGUAUUUAUUCUGUUGAUCCUAAUAUGUUAGAUGUAUGUAGUAAAUUGCGCUAGUGAGAAGUGCAUUUUCUGUAAACACAUUCAUUCAGUUACAAUCAUGUGACAAUAAAAUGUAUAGGAUUUAUGUUGAUUUGAGCCAUUAUGGCUCAAAUUGGUUAGUAAAGCACUCAAUUUUAUGAGGAAAUUUGCGAUAUGUAAAUAUACUACAGCACUAACUGGUAAGAUUCUACUAACAUAAUUGAAAUUGUGAGACUUUUGGAAUUUAUGUGACAGAUACUUAAUUUUUCAAUUAUAUUACAUUUUAUUUUACAAAUGUGUCAGACAAUAUAUGGGAUGAUUCAGGUUCCCAUAGAUUUGCUCCUGAGUAAUGUUAAGAUGUUUGGUGUAUUCAGUACAUAUCUGCUAAGUAAUUACCAAUAAUUAACCCUGAGUGAGUGACAUGCACUUGUUGUGGACAAGCAAACACACAAUUUUAAACAUGUAAAGUAUGGCUUCCUUAACUUUUGGUUUAUUGAGCUCUCAUUUCUGUGGAAUCUGGGAGUGUUAUUGUGAUUAUGAUACGCUUCUGGUGUUGCCACUGAGCAUAUGUCAUUCUGUUGAUAUUUUAGAACUUAGCACAUGUUAUUAAUACAGUAAUAUUCUUUGGAAUAGAAACAACAUUUAGGGGAGAAGAAAAUAUAGAGAAUGCUUCACGUAUUGCUUUUUGUUAUUUUGGUAUAUGUCUACAUAUAUCGGUGGGUUAUUGAUGUGUACUGAUCAAUUGUGUGCCAGCUACAAGAUUGAGGAAUGGAAAUGGUAACUGACAUUGAUGCUUAUUGGUAGUAAUAUCUAACAAUGUUCAACAAUGCUGACCCCGUAGGCAAAUGGGAAAGGGCAAAAGUACUUUCAUAUCCCUCACAUUAUUAGUGUUGUGAUUGUCAAUGUCGAGGAUAGCUUGACAUCUCUCGCUCUUUGAUUCUAUCUGUUUUGUACAUUUAUAAAUAUUUACUGUAGACACAGUAAUAAAUUGUGCAAGUGUUUUGAUUUUUAGUUGCUUCCUCAAACAAAAGAUUGAGAUAUAUUUUCAGUUUUUUAUUUUGUACCAUAUUUACCUCAAUUUCAUUUAAUAGUGCCAUCUUAAUUUAUGUUCUUAUCUUGUGUAAAAGUGAGAAAGACAUAUUGAUUUUCCUGUGGCAUAAAUUUUCAUCAUCAUCAUCAUUAUCAUCUUCAUGUUCUUCUUCCAACAUUUCAGCCAUAUAUCUCGCAGCCAUCUCCAGAGUGAGCCAACAGACUAAAGCUACGGUACUUAUACCAUUCUUUUAAACCACAGAUACAGGAUUACCAGAGACUUGGAUCAGCAGCAAAGAGUAUGCACAAAUUAAAUCUAUGGCUACACUGUUGAUGUAUGUUGGGAUAUCAACAUAUUGUUAUGAAUUCUUCUGUGGAGACAUCUGUUCGGGAUUAUAGAGAAAGUAAUUAAUUUCAUGGUUUAUCUAGUUUGAAACCACUAUCUCUGUUAAUGACAUUCUUCACCAAACUUAAGUCUCAAAACAUUAAGCGGAUGCUAGAAUUUUGACAUUUUCAUAUCACACAGAGUGACCAAUGCUGAUGCAGUUUUCUGGCACAGUUGGUUUAUUGGGCUGUAAGAACUGUAUGUACUCACAGUGUUCCGUGCAUCUUUCAUGAAUGGAAUGAGUACUGUAGCUCACUCUGAGGAUGGCCGAAAGCUAUACAGUCAGAAUAUUAGAAGAAGAGAGAGAGUUUGUGUGGCUGUACUCCAGAAACUUAAUGGCUGAGAAUGACACCAUAUUUUCCUGCACGGCAUUGUCUUUAUUGUGGUACAUAUAUAAAAAAUUUGCUGAUAUUUUUAAGUUAAAUUUAAAAAGUUGUGAAGAUUGCCAAGGAAACACUGUUUCCAAUUUUUAUAAUUGUUAAUUUUUUCAAUUCAUGUGAUUAAACUAUUUAAAAAUGAAA